UUAAUGGCAUUGACGUAAAUUAAAGUAACAAAUGUGGGUGUAAUAGAGAUUUCAAGUAUUCGUCGGGUUAAUAAAAAGGAUCCGAGUCCCGGGUCGGAGUAAAAGUCGUUAAGCAUCCGAUAAAGACGGUUUGUCUCUUGUUUUCUCUUCUUCUUCCUCUGUAUUCUCCUCCAUCUGAGAGAAAACAAUUGAAAAGAAGGAAAACAAAAGAAACAAUCUCAACAAUGGCGGAUCAGCUCACCGACGAUCAGAUCUCUGAGUUCAAGGAAGCCUUCAGCUUAUUCGACAAGGAUGGUGACGGUUGUAUUACCACCAAGGAGCUGGGAACUGUGAUGCGUUCUCUAGGACAGAACCCAACCGAAGCAGAGCUUCAAGACAUGAUCAAUGAAGUUGACGCUGAUGGAAACGGAACCAUUGAUUUCCCUGAGUUUUUGAACCUCAUGGCUCGUAAGAUGAAGGAUACUGACUCCGAGGAAGAGCUCAAGGAGGCAUUCCGGGUGUUUGACAAGGACCAGAACGGUUUCAUCUCAGCUGCUGAGCUCCGUCAUGUGAUGACAAACUUAGGUGAGAAGCUCACAGAUGAAGAGGUUGAUGAGAUGAUCAAGGAAGCUGAUGUUGAUGGUGAUGGCCAGAUUAACUAUGAGGAGUUUGUCAAGGUCAUGAUGGCUAAGUGAUUAAGGUUUUGGUUUACUAAUACUCUUUUAUGUGAUUCUUAUAUUUACUAUUAUGGUUCUAAUGUUUUUUAUUCAUGGGACUUGGUUCUGUUUUAUGGCUGUCUAAGACGCCAAUGUUAUCUCUUUUAUGUUCUGUUUUGUGUCUGAAAAUUUCAAGUCUUGCUCUUUGUAAGUUGUAACUUGGUCUAGUUUUGUGGUUUGUUAAUAAUGGUCUCUAGUAAUAGAAUCUGUCUCGAGCUCA